AUGUCUCUCAAGGUCGUCGUCCUCGCCUGCGUGGCUGUAGUUGCUCUGUGCGACAAGGCUCCAGUUUACGCCCCUCCUCCCCCGGCCUACGCCCCUGCACCUUACCACGCCCCCGAACCCGCUUACCACGCCCCAGAACCCGCCUACCACGCCCCUGCACACUACGAGCCCGAAUACCCCGAUUACAACUACAACUAUGGUGUCGCCGACGGAUACUCCGGCGCCAACUUCGGCCACACCGAGUCCCGCGACGGCUACAAGACCGAGGGCAGCUACACCGUCGACCUCCCCGACGGCCGCAAGCAGAUCGUCACAUAUGUAGACAACGGUGACGGUCUUGUAGCUGAGGUCACCUACGAGGGCGAGGCUCAGUACCCCGAGCACACCCCCUCCUACAAGCCCGCUCCCCCUGCCUACGGCCCACCUCCCCCCACCUAUGCUUAA